AAACUUUUUGUAUCGAAGGAAUCAACAGCCGCCAUCUUGUCGCGGCUCAGAAUCAGGAUUUCGGUGGAGCAUUAUUUUAUAUUUUGAAACAGAGCGUCCGGAUUUACAUUUAACGGCACCGCUAACCAAAAAACAAAACACUUAAAUCAUUCAGAGGAAUUUUUUUUGCAAAAACCGUGGAUUUAAUCGCGUUCGUCGGACAGAAAGCCCUCGUAUAUCUGAUUUCCCCUUCAGAGAGCGGCGCUUCUGUCCCUAUCUCCGUUCCGAGACGUAUUGUUUACCGGGAGCUAUCGGAGGAGAGACAGCAGCUUAGACACGAUUUUGCAAAAAUAUAUUAUUUUUAUGCAGUUAUGCGCUGUUAUGAGGAUUUAAACGGAUUUUGCACGGAUUUUUUUGACGUCAGGAAAAUGGGUUAUUUGGUGAUGCACAUUUAACGACUCCUGGGGAAACGGUCAACGACCCAUGCCGAUAUAUUUUAAUUUAUUUUUAGCCGUAUUUUUUGGUCGAAGUAAAGUCUUUUUGAUAAUAUAACGAUGAUAAUGUGGGUGUUGGGUGUUGGAUUAUCAUGGGGUGAAUGGCGGUGGCGAAGCGGGGCGCUGUUGUUGCUUUUUUGAAAUUCUCACUUGCUGAUAGCAAGCAGGCUAAUUAGCGAGUUAGCUGCCUAGCUACUUGCUAAUCGUGCGAGAAAGAAAGGUUGUGGUUGGGGGGGUGGGGGGUUGGUCUGAAUAACUUUUUACUGUCGCGGGGAUUUUCCUUCCUUUUUUAAAUAAUUGAUCAGAAGUAAUUAUAAACUACUGCAAUGGCUGAAAAUCUGCUCGACGUUGGACCUCCCAACCCAAAACGACCGAAGCUGAAUACACCUGCUCUUUCCGCCUCCGACGGUCCAGACCUGGGCUCCCUGUCCUGGGACGACCUAGAGAAUGAUCUUCCAGAUGAACUCAUCCCAAACGGCGGCGACCUCCUGCUGCCCUCCUCCAAUGGUGGCGGGGCUGGAGGCGGAGGAGCGGGUCCUGGUGGAGGGGCAGCGGGCUCCAUUAUGCCUGACGCCGCCGCUAAGCACAAGCAGCUGUCUGAGCUCCUCCGAGCGGGCAGUAGCGGUGGCGGCUCCAGCCUGGUGGGCGCUGGCAACGCCUCGACUGGGGGCGCCACCUUAGGGGGCGGCCAGCUGGGAGCCCUGGGCAAGAGCCCCCUGGGCCAUGGCUCUCCGUCGCACUCCUCCCCACAGCCGCCCAAGCCCGGCGGUGGCGCCAACGCAGGGGUCCAGGCUGCCAACAAUAACGGCGGUGCCAACGGUGGCGCCAACGUAGCCAUGGGCAUGAACACUGCGGGAUUCAACCAGGCCAUGCUGAACAGCGGGCAGGGGCACGGCAUGCUGGGCCAGGGCGCGGUCGGCCAGCAAGGCCAGGUGCUGAACGGGACGCUGGGCCCAGCCGGACGGGGCCGUGGGGCCAUGCAGUACCAGGCCCAGGCAGCGGUGGGAGCCGCCGGGGCAGGGGGCACUGCAGCGGGCAGCGUGCUGGCAGAAACACUCACACAGGCCGCGCUCAACGCCCAGCAGGCCAGCAGCAUGAAUAAGAUGGGCCUAGCGGGCAACAGUAGUCCGUUUGGGCAGGCGUAUGGGCAGGGCACUGGCGGGGUCAACGCCCCCCUCCAGAACAGCCUGCCCCCGUUCCCCUCUGACCUGAAGGGAACGGCCGUCACCAACGUGGCAAACCUGUCCCAGAUGCAGCAGCAGCAGGCCUCGCCACAACAGCAGCAGCAGAUGGGUGCUACAGUGGGUAUGGUGGCCCAGCAGCAGCAGAUGGGCGCUCCAGUGGGCUUGGUGGCGGCCGGCCCCGGUGCUGCCGCCACUGCAGGAGGCACCGGCGUGGUGGCUACGGGCCCCACGGCCGACCCGGAGAAGCGCAAGCUGAUCCAGCAGCAGCUGGUCCUGCUGCUGCACGCCCACAAGUGCCAGCGACGCGAGCAGGCCAACGGUGAGGUCCGCGCCUGCUCGCUGCCGCACUGCCGCACCAUGAAGAACGUCCUCAACCACAUGACCCACUGCCAGGCUGGCAAGACCUGUCAGGUGGCUCAUUGUGCGUCCUCCAGGCAAAUCAUCUCUCACUGGAAGAACUGCACGCGGCACGACUGUCCCGUCUGCCUGCCGCUCAAAAACGCCAGUGAUAAACGCAACCCGCAGCCCAUGUUGAGUUCUCCCAGCGUGGGCCUGCCCAGCUCCAUGGCGACGGUGGUGGGUCCUGGCCAGCCCAGCACUCCUGCCAUCAACAGCUCCACCACCAUCGACCCCAGCUCCAUGCAGCGCGCCUACGCUGCCCUGGGCCUCCCCUACAGCAAUCAGCCGAGCACCACGCAGACGCCCGCCCAGACGCCCCACCAGCAGCAGCUACGACCCAUUGGCGGUCUCGCGGGCUCGAAUCAGAUGACCCUGGGGGGAGGGGCGAUGGGCGGGGGCACCUCGGAUCCAACCAAUCUGCACUCGGACUCAUCACUGCCGUCCACUCUCAAUCCCAACAAUCAGCUGAUGUCUGCCGACUCCGGGGUGGGCGCCACGGCAGCUCCGCUCUCGGCGCCGGGGAUGCGCAAGGCAUGGCACGAGCACGUCACUCAGGACCUGCGCAACCACCUGGUGCACAAGCUGACGUCACUUUGGACAUCCUUCUCUCCCUCCCUCAGAGUUCAAGCCAUAUUCCCAACACCAGACCCCGCUGCACUGAAGGACCGGCGCAUGGAGAACCUGGUGGCCUACGCCCGCAAGGUGGAGGGGGACAUGUACGAGUCGGCCAACAGCAGGGAUGAGUAUUAUCAUUUCCUGGCAGAGAAGAUCUACAAGAUUCAGAAGGAGCUGGAGGAGAAGCGUCGCUCACGGCUGCAGAAGCAGAUCAUCAACCAGGGGCCCCUCAACCCAGCUCAGCAGCCGCCCAGCAGGCCUCCGAAUGGACCUAUGCCUAUGCCCAAUGUGCCAAAUCAGAUCAUGAAUCGCAUGCAGGUCUCUCAAGGGAUGAACCAGUUCAACUCCAUCGCCAUGCAGAAUGUGCAGAUGACUCAGGCACCCAUGGCAGCCCGCGCGGCGUCCCCCAUGAACCACCCGCAGCAGAUCAACAUCAGCUCCGUCCCGCCGCUGGGGAUGUCCCCCACGCGGAUGCCCCAGGGUCAGGGCAUGAUCGGCGGCCAUGCUGGAGCCAUGGUGGGCCAGACGGCCAACCAGACGCAGUUCCUCAACGCCAACACGGCCAUGACUGCUACAGUGGCGCUGGGCCAGACCGCAGCGCAGGCAGCCGUUACACAGCAGCAGCCACAACAGCAGCCACCCCCCAACGCCGCCGCCGCUGCUAGUCUCCCCCUGAACGCCCUCGGCGCUGUGGGCUCGUCGCAGCUGCCCCAGGCCGCGCUGCGCGCCACGCCGACUCCACCUUCCUCCUCCUCCUCCUCUUCCUCCUCCUCCGCUGCUGCCGCUAGCCUGCAGCCUCUCGCGCCCCCGCAGCCGGCCGCUGCAGCCGCCUCCUCCUCCAGCCGCUCCUCCACCCCCACCCACCCUUCCUCCUCCGCGUCCGGCCCCACGCUGGACGCUCCGCAGGCCGUGCUCCAGCCCCAGCAGCAGCAGACGCAGCCCCCCACCACUCCGCUCUCUCAGACUGGUGCCAGUCUGGACAACAGGGUUCCCACCCCGGCAUCGACGGCCAGCGCCGACCCUCACUCCCAGCACGCGCUGGCGGACCUGCCCACGGCCAGCGAGCCUAAGGCGGAGCCGCGGCACGAUGAGCAGGACUUUCAUCCGGCCGGCAUCAAGAUGGAGCCUAAGAUGGAGACUGAGGAAGACUCUGGUUCUCUGUCGGUGAAGAAGGAGGAGCCGGACAGCGGGGAGACGAAGCAGGAGCCCAUGGAGACGGAGGAGAAGAAGGUGGACCCGAAGGCCGAAGUCAAAGAUGAGGAGGAGGCUGGGGCCAACGGCACGGUCACGUCCUCCUCGCCCUCCCAGUCCCGCAGGAAGAUCUUUAAGCCGGAGGAGUUGAGACAGGCUCUCAUGCCCACGCUGGAGUCCCUGUACAGGCAGGACCCCGAGUCUCUGCCCUUCCGCCAGCCAGUGGACCCCAUGCUGCUGGGCAUCCCUGAUUACUUCGAUAUUGUGAAGAAUCCCAUCGACUUGUCCACUAUCAAGCGUAAGCUGGACACAGGCCAGUACCAGGAGCCCUGGCAGUACGUGGACGACGUGUGGCUCAUGUUCAACAACGCCUGGCUCUACAACCGCAAGACCUCCCGCGUCUACAAGUACUGCUCCAAGCUGGCUGAAGUCUUCGAGGCGGAGAUUGACCCGGUCAUGCAGAGCCUGGGCUACUGCUGUGGGAGAAAGUACGAGUUCUCUCCGCAGACGCUGUGCUGCUACGGCAAACAGCUAUGCACCAUACCUCGCGAUGGGACUUACUACAGCUACCAAAACAGGUAUCAUUUCUGCGAGAAGUGCUUCAAUGAGAUCCAAGGGGACAGUGUAACUCUCGGAGACGACCCAGCACAGCCGCAGACGAUGAUUUCUAAAGACCAGUUUGAAAGGAAGAAAAAUGAUACACUAGACCCUGAGCCGUUUGUUGAAUGUAAGGACUGCGGGCGGAAGAUGCACCAGAUCUGUGUUCUUCAUUACGAGGCCAUCUGGCCAUCUGGAUUCAUCUGUGAUAACUGCUUAAAGAAGAGUGCGAAAACAAGGAAGGAAAACAAGUUUUCUGCCAAAAGAUUGCAGUCGACACGGUUGGGCACAUACAUAGAGGACCGAGUUAACAAGUACUUGAAGAGACAGAGCCAUCCCGAGGCCGGGGAGGUGUUUGUGCGAGUGGUGGCCAGCUCUGAUAAAACAGUGGAAGUGAAACCUGGCAUGAAGUCCAGGUUUGUGGACACAGGCGAGAUGCCGGAGACCUUCCCGUACCGAACCAAAGCACUUUUUGCCUUUGAGGAGAUUGAUGGGGUGGACGUCUGCUUCUUCGGGAUGCACGUGCAGGAGUACGGCUCAGAGUGCGCCUUCCCCAACACCAGACGGGUAUACAUAUCAUACCUCGACAGUAUUCAUUUCUUCAGACCUCGAUUGUUGCGAACAGCAGUCUACCAUGAAAUCCUAAUUGGCUAUUUGGAAUACGUCAAGAAACUUGGGUACGUGUGGGCACAUAUCUGGGCCUGCCCCCCUAGCGAGGGCGACGACUACAUCUUCCACUGCCACCCUGCCGACCAGAAGAUCCCCAAGCCCAAGCGGCUGCAGGAGUGGUACCGCAAGAUGCUCGACAAGGCCUUCGCCGAGCGCAUCCUCCACGACUACAAGGACAUCUUCAAACAGGCCACGGAGGACCGUCUGAGUACCGCCAACGAGCUGUCCUACUUCGAGGGCGACUUCUGGCCCAACGUGCUGGAGGAGAGCAUCAAGGAGCUGGAGCAGGAGGAGGAGGAGCGCAAGAAGGAGGAGAACACCGCCGCCUGCGAGACCCCAGAGGGCACGCCUGGGGACAGCAAAAACGCCAAGAAGAAGAACAACAAGAAAACCAAUAAAAACAAGAGCAGCAUCAGCCGAGCCAAUAAGAAGAAGCCUGGGAUGCCGAAUGUAGCCAAUGACCUGUCCCAGAAGCUUUACGCCACCUUGGAGAAGCACAAGGAGGUGUUCUUUGUGAUCCACCUGCACUCGGGGCCCAUGGUGAACACGCUGCCGCCCAUCAUGGACCCGGACCCCAUGCUGACGUGCGACCUGAUGGACGGGCGCGACGCCUUCCUGACGCUGGCGCGCGACAAGCACUGGGAGUUCUCCUCGCUGCGGCGCUGCAAGUGGAGCACCAUGUGCAUGCUGGUGGAGCUGCACAACCAGGGCCAGGACCGCUUCGUCUACACCUGCAACGAGUGCAAGCACCACGUGGAGACGCGCUGGCACUGCAAAGUGUGCGAGGACUAUGACCUCUGCAUCAACUGCUACAACACUAAGGGCCACGAGCACCAGAUGGUCAAGUGGGGCCUGGGCCUGGACGACGACAGCAACGGCCAGGGCGGCGAGGCCUCCAAGAGCCCUCAGGAGAGCCGGCGCCUGAGCAUCCAGCGCUGCAUCCAGUCGCUGGUGCACGCCUGCCAGUGCCGCAACGCCAACUGCUCGCUGCCCUCGUGCCAGAAGAUGAAGCGCGUGGUGCAGCACACCAAGGGCUGCAAGCGCAAGACCAACGGCGGCUGCCCCGUGUGCAAGCAGCUCAUCGCGCUGUGCUGCUACCACGCCAAGCACUGCCAGGAGAACAAGUGCCCCGUGCCCUUCUGCCUGAACAUCAAGCACAAGCUGCGGCAGCAGCAGCUGCAGCACCGGCUCCAGCAGGCGCAGAUGAUGCGCCGGCGCAUGGCCACCAUGCAGGGCCGCAUGACGCAGCCGCUGCCCUCGCCGCCCACCUCGGCCGUCCCCGCCGCUGCCGCUGGCAUGCACACGCCGCCGCAGCCACAGACGCCGCAGACCCCGCAGCAGCAGCAGAUGCCCAGCCAGCCUGGCGGCACGCCCAACGCGGCCGGCGUGAUGUCGCCCGCCUACCCGGGCGCCCAGCGGGCCAACGGCCCCACGCAGGCGCCCUCGUCGCAGGGCAAGCUGGGGCCCGCGGCCUCGCCGCUGCACCAGCAGCAGUCCCCCGUGGCCCAGGUCGCCCAGCAACAGCAGGCGACGCCCCAGCAGCUCCAACAGCAGCCCCAGCCUCAGCAGCAGCCGCCGGCGGCCGCCGUGGAGAUGGCGCGCCACAUCGAGAUGGUGGCUCAGGCGCAGCAGCAGAACCCGGGCUUCCGCGUCAACAUCAACGGCCUGCCGCUCAACCACCAGCGGCCGCCGCCGCCCCAGCAGCAGCAACCGCCGCGCAUGCCAGGGCCCAUGCAGUCCCCCAUGCAGAUCGUGGGCCCGCGGGGGCCUCAGGUCAUGCAGCCCAUGCAGCCAGGCCAGUGGGGGCCGGGGGGUCCUCAGGCGGCCAUGCAGGCGGCGGCCGCCGCUGCCCAGCAGCAGCAGCAGCAGCAGGGCAGUUUGCCGCAACAGCAGCCCCAGCCGGGCAUGCCCAUGCAGAGGCCCAUGAUGCCACCGCAGCAGCGCAUGAUGGGCCAGCGGCCACAGGUUCCGCCGCAGCGGCAGGGCGCCAUCGCGCCCAACGCCCUGCAGGACCUGCUGCGCACGCUCAAGUCACCCAGCUCGCCCCAGCAGCAGCAGCAGGUGCUGAACAUCCUCAAGUCCAACCCACAGCUCAUGGCCGCCUUCAUCAAGCAGCGCACGCUCAAGUACAAUGCCAGCCAGCAGCAGCAGCAACAACAGCAGCAGCAGGGCAUGCACGGGGCACAGCCAGCCAUGCAGGCCAUGCAAGCGGCGAUGCAGGGCGGAGUGGCGGUGCAGAGGCCCGUCAUGGCACCCCAGCAGCCUGGCCAGCCGCAGGCCCAGGGCAUGCCUGCACUGGGUCCCCAGGGUCAGCUGAUGAACCCGGCCCACGCCCCUAACCCCCAGCUCCAGGAGAUGUACCGGCGGCAGCUCUUACGGCAGCAGCAGCAACAACAGCAGCAGCAGCAGCAACAACAACAACAGCAGCAGCAACAGGGCGUGAUGCCCCAGGCCCACGGACAGUUCCCCCAGGCCCAGGGCACACCAGCUACCUACUCUCAGCUCCGCAUGCAGCAGCAGCAACAGCAGCAGCAGCAGUUGGCCAUGCAGGCAGGAGCGGCGGGGCCCAUGGGUCAGCUGCCAUCCAUGACCCAGAUGGGGCAGCCCGGCCUGGGCAUGGACUCCCCACAGAACCUCCUGCACCAGCGGCUCCUCCAGCAGCAACAGCAGCAGCAGGCGGCGGCGGCAGCAGCAGCGGUCCUGAAGCCCCAGAUGGGCUCCCCGGCGCAGCCCAGCCCCAUGAGCCCACAGGCGGCCGCCCACCUGCUGGCCGGGCAGCCGCUGGCAAACGCGCUGGGCAACCAGGUGCGCUCCCCGGCGCCCGUGCAGUCCCCGCGUCCGCCCUCCCAGCAGCAGCCGCCACAUUCCAGCCCGUCGCCAGCGCAGAUCCAGCCGCAGCCCUCGCCCCAGCACUCCGGCCCCCACUCGGGCUCGCCCCACCCGGGCCUGGCACCGCCCAUGCCAGGCGCACUAGAUCAAGGACACCUUGGGGCUGCGGAGCAGAGCGCCAUGCUGCCGCAGCUCAACACGCCCAAUCGUAGCGCUCUCACCAGUGACUUGGGCAUGGUAGGAGACACCACGGGAGACACGCUGGAGAAAUUUGUGGAGGGCUUGUAGCGCUAUUUUGGGAGAUUAUUAUUAUUAUUAUUGUUUUUUUUUUUUUUCCUUUCAUGGACCCACAAACCCACCCACUCAAGUCUCCCCUCAUCUUUUUUCUAGAAGGGGUGGUGGGAACAUUUUUUUUGUUUCCUUGGACGAGCUUUUUGUACUGACAUGUAAAAAGUUUCGAGAAAUGUAUGGAGUGGAAAAAAGUUGAAAAAAUUAAUAAAAAAAACAGUGCUUGGGAAAUGUUGAUAUGUUUCCUUAUAAAACAAAAAGAAUGAUAUUUGCUAUAUGUCAAGGGAUUUGAAAAAAAAUGCUGUUUAAAUGAAAAUUUAAAAAUGACAAAGAAUAUAUAUUUUGGUUUUGACCAUAUUCUUGGUCGUUAUGUUUUGUUUUAAAUUUUGUUUUAUUUUUCAUUUUUUUUGUUUUUAAUGGUAUGGUUUCAUGCCUUUUUUUUUUUUCUUUUUUUAAAAAAAUUACAAAAACGUCAUUAUCUUACUCAUACUUUUUAUUUUGUACCUUUUGAAAUACUUCUGAUUUUUUUUGUUCUCUGAGUUUGUUGUCAUUGUCGCUGAGAGACUGUAAAAUAAUUGGUCGGGGGAAUUUUGGGCCAGGUUUUCCUCUGCUCUCUCUUGCUCUCCUCAUACCUGGCGAUUGUAUUCUCGUGUUGUACUAUUUUUACAGACAUGCGUUUUCUUUUUUUCCUGGGAGGGAGCUCUUCCACUCCCCUUCGUGAAGUCCAUUUGAGGAGAACUCGUUGUUUGUAACCAAUAGGAACUGGGCAUACACACAAGCAUGUAUGCACACACACAUACACACAGAAAAGACGUACCUGCACACACAUUCACAUGGAUACACACAAAAAAAGAAAACCGUACACCGUCAAAACCUUGUUCAGAAACAACCUAGAAGAGGAGGAUGUAAAGAAGGAGCAUCUCGCGUCGGGCCCCUAUCUACAGAGGUUUCUGUCCAGCAGGUGUAGAAAGUUGUUGCAUUGUCAUAUAAGAUUUUUGUCCUUAAAGUUUUUGUCAUACAGAAUAUAUGAGUAUAAAAAAAGAAAGCUGGGGGAAGAUGGGUCCUUAAGCCGAGUGGGAUGGUAAGGAGGUAGUCACUGGUCGAGUGUUUUUGUGUUGAACAGAGUUCUGCCAUCGACCCCUCAUCCCUCUCACACGAAAAAAAAACUUGAACUGGGGGCUCUACUUUUUCCUCUUAAUGUAAAUCAUGCAAGUUAUUACGCAAAAUACUAUAAAUAUAAGGACGAGAGAACGGAAUCACUGUAUAAACUGGUUAAAAACUCAUUUCUUACUUAUAUACCAUAUUGUUAAAUAAACUGUGUGCAACAGAAAAAAAGGUC